AUGGGUGACACACCUUUUUGCCGCCUUCCUGAUGAAAUCAUCCUGGAGAUAGGCUCCAGCCUCGAGGCCUCCGAUCUUGCAGCCUUAAUACGAACAUGUCGUCGCUACUAUGACUCCAUGCAAGAUAUGCUCUACAACGUUGCCGUCACUUAUACACUCAACUCAGGCAUACUAUAUAAGGAGCAAACAGUGCUCCAAUGGGCAGCGAUUGAAUCAAAGCAGCGCAAAUGGACACUCGCUGCUUUGGUAAGGAAGGGAGCAGAUAUCUAUGGCGAAGGCAUGCUCCUCGGUACACUCUUACAUGAUGUAGCAGCUUCGGGGGACGAAAAAGCUACGAAACUACUCGUCAGAUCCGGCAUACACCCAUGGACAGCUGUCCAUAGCGCCCCACCCCUUGUCCAUGCAUCAGGAGGUGGGCACGAAUCAAUCGUUCGAUAUCUCCUCUAUGAUGCUAUGAAUAUAUGGCAGCGAGAUGCGCCUCAGCAUAUUAUGACCUUUGAGGAAUCGAAUCGGGUUACUAUAGCAUGGGACGAGGCAGAACGACAAUGGGCCCUCCAUGAGGCCCUUAGUCGUGCAGCCAGGCGUGGUCAUCUAGCAAUUGUCGAGCUCUUAUGUCAGCAUAUAGACGUCUCUAAACCCUGUUUGACUGGGACUCCGUUCACUAUGAGUGCAUCUAUAGGAGGGUCAAUAGAAGUUAUGCAAAUGCUGCUUAGGCUUGGGGCGGAGCUGGGUCCUUCCGUACUCCAUAAGCUGCUGAUCAUGGCCAUCUGGUCCUAG